GUGAAAACUUUGUAUAGAGUAAGAAGAGGAACGGCGUAAAAGUGAGUGAGUUAGUUGGUGGUGUUUGAGAGAAGAGAAGAGAAGAAUGGUGGAAUCUGUAGCAGUUAACGAUUUGGAACUCACCUUAAAGCCUUUCUAUCAGAGAGCUUCUGAAGCCGAGGAUCGCAUAUCAAGACUUGAAGCUGCUAUCAAUGGUAGAAAACAUACUGGGAAUGAGGAACAGUUACAACUGGUUGAUUCACGCUAUGAUACUGGGAAUGAGGAACAGUUACAACUGGUUAACGAUCUUCAGUCAAAGCUAGAAGUAGCAAACUCUGAGUUAAUUUCAGAAAAACAAAAGGCUCAGACGCUUGCUGCAGAAAAUGAAAAACUUCAAUACCGUAUAAGUCAUCUUCUGCGAUCAAUUAAGAAUGCUGAUCUGAAAUUAGAGCAAGUUAAAGCGCAGGAGCAGCUGGAGAGCUUGAAAUUGCAGGAUUCUUGAACUUGUGAGCUGAAAUCGGCUAUUGCUAAUUUCUAUGUUUGUUUUUGGUUAAUGUAUUUUCUAUCUUACUGGUUUUACAGAAUUACAAUUGAGAUUUUUGUUUUUCUCAUACAUUACUUAUAAUAGAUAGACAUUAGAAUUUCCUCA